AUGGCGACGUCGAUUAGCAGUCCCAAGUUCAGUUCCACCUUCUCUUUUCAAACCCUGGCCCUCUGCAAAAAGCUUCCGAUUCUUCCCUCUUUUCAGUUCCGGGACAUUAACGUCGGCGGCCGACGAUUUAGGCCCUCGUUUUCUCAAGGCCAGCGACAACGGCGGUGCUUCACCACUAUCACCAGAGCCGAGUCCACCAACGGUGUCGGCUCGGAGCCUUCCCGCCAUUACGACUUCGACCUCUUCACUAUUGGAGCUGGUAGCGGCGGCGUCAGAGCUUCGCGCUUCGCUUCCAAUUUCGGUGCUUCCGUUGCCGUUUGCGAGCUUCCUUUUUCCACUAUCUCCUCUGAUACUGCCGGUGGCGUAGGCGGAACGUGCGUGCUCCGUGGAUGUGUACCCAAGAAAUUGCUAGUUUAUGCUUCCAAAUAUUCUCAUGACUUUGAAGAUAGUUUCGGUUUUGGUUGGACUUAUGAUACGGAACCCAAACACGAUUGGAAUACUCUGAUUGCAAAUAAAAAUGCAGAGCUGCAGCGCCUUACUGGCAUCUACAAAAACAUCUUGAAGAAUGCUGGUGUUCAGUUAAUUGAAGGGCGAGGAAAGGUUGUGGAUCCUCACACUGUUGACGUGGAUGGGAAACUCUACACGGCGAAGAACAUAUUGAUUUCAGUUGGAGGACGCCCAUUGAUUCCAGAUAUUCCUGGGAGCGAAUUUGCAAUUGAUUCUGAUCAGGCUCUGGAUUUGCCUUCAAAACCUGAGAAAAUUGCAAUCAUCGGGGGUGGCUAUAUUGCUGUCGAAUUUGCUGGUAUUUUCAACGGCUUGAAAAGUGAUGUUCAUGUAUUUAUAAGACAGAAGAAAGUUUUACGGGGAUUUGAUGAGGAGAUCAGAGAUUUUGUUGGAGAACAGAUGUCAUUGAGAGGGAUUGAGUUCCACACGGAAGAGUCACCCCUGUCUAUUUCGAAAUCAUCAGAUGGAUCACUUUCAUUGAAGACAAACAAAGGAGCAAUUGAAGGUUUCUCUCAUAUUAUGUUUGCCACUGGACGUCGACCAAAUACGAAGAAUUUAGGACUGCAGCAGGUGGGAGUGAAAAUAUCAAAAAAUGGAGCAAUUGAGGUGGAUGAAUAUUCUCGUACAUCAGUUCCAUCAAUUUGGGCUGUUGGAGAUGUUACUGAUAGGGUAAACUUAACCCCAGUUGCUUUGAUGGAGGGAUCAGCUCUGGCAAAAACUCUUUUUGCCAAUGAGCCAACCAGACCAGAGUACAGAGCUGUACCAUCUGCUGUCUUUUCCCAGCCACCAAUUGGCCAAGUUGGUUUGACUGAAGAACAGGCUCUACAAGAACAUGGUGAUGUUGAUGUCUUCACAGCAAAUUUUAGGCCGUUAAAGGCAACCCUUUCUGGUCUUCCUGAUCGUGUUUUCAUGAAGCUUAUUGUUUGUGCGAAGACAGAUAAAGUCCUUGGUUUACACAUGUGUGGUGAUGAUGCUCCAGAAAUAGUUCAGGGUUUUGCUGUGGCAGUGAAAGCUGGCUUGACUAAAGCUGAUUUUGAUGCCACAAUAGGCAUCCAUCCAACAGCAGCUGAGGAGUUUGUCACAAUGAGAAUUCCUACUCGGAAGAUUCGAAGUAGUGUGCCUGAGUCCAAGAGAAGCCAUAAAUCCUUUACUAAGUCUUCAUGUUUGAGCUUAGUCAUUAUGAUUUCAAGAGUGCUUUUUGAUGAAUAUCUAUUGUUUACAAUGAUGUUGUAUAUAGGAAUAGGAGAACCUUUUUCCAAAGGCAAAGCCACCUCAACAGAUUUGAGGCCCCUUCAAAACUUUGUUUCUAUUAAUCGGAGCUUUGGGAAAGGCAGACUCCGAGAUUCAAUCUACUGCCAGAGUUUGAAAUGUAAGAAUGGCAAGAAACUAUUCCAUCGCGUUGCAGUUAUUGUUUUCAUUGGGCUAACCUGGGACCAAGAUGGAAUAUACAUCCCUGCAAACUGGGAAUGUGUGCAGAUCUGGCGACGGCGGGCGGCGGGAGAUGAUGGGACAGAAGUAAUUGAAUUAGGAAAGAGAGAUGUUGGGAAGGGAGGUGGCAGGUGGGAGGUGGGAGGACGGAGGAGGGGGGAGAAAAAGAAAAAGAAAACUUCAAUUAUCCCACAAGCUCCAUCUCUCUCCCUUUAUGAAUGCAAUAACUUCAAAUUUACAUAA